CCGCCCGUCCGUCCGUCCGUCCGUCUGUCCAUCCGUGCAUCCUCGGAGCCUGGAGCAGCGGCCUCUCUCUCUCUCUCUCUCAUCUCUCUCUCUCUCUCUUUCUCUCUCUCUCCGCCCGGCCCCCGCCAUGGCGCUGCGGAGCCUCCUCCUCCUGCCGCCGCUGCUGCUGCUGCUGCUCGGGUCGCUGGACUCCCUGGACCUGCUCCCCGGAGCCGUCGCCGCCCGCGGCCGCUCGGCCAACCGGACCCUGAGCUCCGGAGCCUCUGCCGUCGGGGGCCGGAGGUCCGGGGGUGGCUUAGCACGGGGCGGUCGAGAGCUGAACGGGACCGCCCGGGCAUCCGGAGCCUCGGAGGCGGGGAACCGGCGGGGACAGUCCGCGGUGGCGGCGGCCAGCGCGACCGUCACCUACGAGACGUGUUGGGGCUACUACGACGUGAGCGGUCAGUACGACAAGGAGUUCGAAUGCAACAACAGCGAGAGCGGCUACCUGUACUGCUGCGGCACUUGCUACUACCGCUUCUGCUGCAAGAAGCGCCACGAGAAGCUGGACCAGCGCCAGUGCACCAACUACCAGAGCCCCGUGUGGGUCCAGACGCCCAGCACCAAGGUGGUGUCGCCGGGCCCCGAGAACAAGUACGACCCCGAGAAAGACAAGACCAACUUCACCGUCUACAUCACCUGCGGGGUGAUCGCCUUCGUCAUCGUGGCCGGCGUCUUCGCCAAGGUCUCCUAUGACAAGGCUCACCGACCCCCGCGGGAGAUGAACAUCCACAGGGCUCUGGCUGACAUCCUAAGACAACAGGGACCAAUCCCCAUAGCACACUGUGAAAGAGAAACCAUCUCUGCCAUCGAUACCUCUCCCAAAGAGAACACGCCUGUCAGAUCGACCUCCAAAAACCAUUACACCCCUGUGCGCACGGCCAAGCCGACUCCAGGGCAUUAUGGGAAGGAUGCUUACCGAAGUGGAGGACCAGAUCUCCAUAACUUCAUCUCAUCUGGAUUUGUCACAUUAGGAAGAGGACACACGAAGGGUGAUCGUCAGUACAACCAUCCGAUCUUAAGCAGCGCUACCCAGACCCCUACACAUGAGAAGCCACGGAUGAACAACAUCCUGACAUCAGCCACCGAGCCCUAUGACCUCUCCUUCUCCCGCUCUUUCCAGAACUUGGCCCACCUACCCCCAUCAUAUGAGUCUGCAGUGAAGACCAACCCAAGCAAGUACUCAUCUCUGAAGAGGCUAACUGACAAAGAGGCUGACGAGUAUUACAUGAGGCGGAGGCACCUGCCCGACCUCGCAGCCCGCGGCACCCUGCCCCUCAAUGUCAUCCAGAUGUCACAACAGAAGCCGUUACCACGGGAACGACCACGCAGGCCCAUCAGGGCCAUGUCCCAGGACAGGGUCCUGUCCCCACAGCGGGGCCUGCCUGAUGAAUUCGGCAUGCCCUACGACCGCAUUUUGUCAGACGAACAGCUGCUCUCCACGGAGCGCCUGCACUCCCAGGACCCUCUGCUGUCCCCCGAGCGGACGGCCUUCCCUGAGCAGUCGCUGUCACGGGCCAUCUCUCACACGGACGUCUUUGUGUCCACGCCCGUGCUGGACCGCUACCGCAUGACCAAGAUGCACUCCCAUCCCAGUGCCUCCAAUAACUCAUAUGCCACCCUGGGCAAGAGCCAGACAGCAGCCAAGCGCCACGCCUUUGCCUCCCGCAGACACAACACUGUGGAGCAGCUGCACUACAUCCCAGGCCACCACACCUGCUACACCGCCAGCAAGACUGAAGUGACCGUGUGACCGGUGGGCAUGGCCGGGCUAGUUGGCAGGGGCAGGCCAGGGCAGGACAGGGUUCAAAGGCACAGCUUCAAGCCUUGUUCUUGUCCUCUCCCUGGUCCCACCCAUUGGAGCUGAGCUGCAGGUGGGCUGCCUUUAUUUGGAAAGCCAUGCCCACCAGGGGUGUGCCCUAAUGGCCUGGUCCAACAAACACAGACCAGGAUACACAGCAAUUGCUCUGGUUCUUCCAGUAGAAUCUGUAGGGAGUGAGAGGAGAGGAGAGGCCCCAGUCUCCCUCACCACUUGCACCAACUCCCUUCAGUACCCGCCUUUCCCUUUCCCCUCCUGGGAAGUCAGAUGCAGGUUCUGCCAGCCAGAGGACCCUUGCCUGACAGUGGUCUGAAGCUGCCUGGGUUUGAAUGUGCAGUCAGUUGGAUGACCAAAUAGGCUACUGGGUCUCUAUCUUGUACCUAGAACCACAUCAGAGAAAUCUCCUAGUGCCUAAAAAUUGCCUGCUCGCUCUCAGCCAGAGAGCUGCUGUGUCCAUAAGCACAAUAUGAUUCUCUUUUGCCUGCUGGAGCUCUGGUCCCCACCAAGUGAUCUGUCCCUUGUUGGAUGCCUGUCCUAGAGGGAUAGCCUUUGCUGUUUCACCCUCAGGCUAUCUGGGGUUUUAGUUCCUGUAUUCAAAAGAAGAGGUAGCAAAGGGAUGCAAUGAUGUUAGGGGUACCAUCACAGCCACCUGAUUGUCUCCCCACUUCUUCCAGGCCUCUAGGUCUGAACGAUGAUCGUAUCUCAGGCCUGCCUUCCCCACCCCUGCUCUGCUCCCAGCAGGCACCUGCAGAGGGCAGAGGGCCAGGGUAGGGAGGGCCACUGUGAUGCCCGGGAUCUCAGGAGCUCACCAUUCUCAUUUUCUAGGGCUCUGCCUGUGUCCCCUGCCACAUGCCUCAGGAAGGACAGAGGCAGAAAGUUGCAGAUAGAGGAAGCUUAGUCCCAUAGAUAUGCGCCAGGUGGUUGUGCUGGACACUGCCCACUCCUUUCCUUUAUCUCUGCCCAGUUCACAAGAUCUUCUCUCUGUUUAGAAAUCUCCUCUCUCUCUCUCUCUCUCUCUCUCUCUCUCUCUCUCUCUCUCUCUCUCUCACUCUCACCCUCACUCUCACUCUCUCUUUCUCUCUCUCUUCCCAUACCCCUCUGCUUGCCCUGCCUUCUGCAAUUCCAUUCCUUGAUGUUCGUUCCUCAGACCAGUGGAUCCAAAGGACCAAGACCCAUUGGCAAAUGCAAAUGAAUAAUGGUACUCCAGGCUGUUUAUCUGGGGGUUGCCACAUUAACUCCUCCCUGCAGAGGUACUCUGGCAUCAGACAGAUCCCCCCUAAACUCUGUUAAGGUCCCCACUACUAGCCCAGCUCAGCACCUUCUCUGAAGACAGCAGCUCCACCCCUAUAUGAUCAGUGACUGAAGAUAACUCUCUUCUCAGACAAGGUGCCUAUUUGGGCUGGGCCUGGAGGGAUUCAGUUCUAUCUGGUGAAGUAGUGAUAUCAAAAUUAAAAAAAAAAAAAGUAUGGCCAGG